CAUCUUCAGUCCCACCACCGAAUCUCAGGAACCUGCGAAUAUCCUGGUGUCCUCUACAUCAACUGAAUAUCAUCUGCCACCAGGCCGCUCCGCUCACAAAUUCACCUUCUUCAUGACCACGAUUGACGCUGCGACUUCGACAAGAUGAGGGUUUGGGGCCGCCAGGCUACAGCCUCCUGGCACAUCCUCCUGGCCGUCGCAGUCCUCUCGUGGACAGCGGUACUCGCAAAAGAUCACUCGCCAGACAUUAGCGUCUCCAAGUUUAAGCACCCGCCGAUCGACCUCAAUUAUUUCGAAGAUUCCGACGUCAUCUUGUUCCAUGAUGUUACGGCAAAAAACAUCUACCGAUCCACCGACGCCGGCGUCUCCUGGGAUAGGGUAAAAGCCAUCCCCGAAGGCGAAGCCUACAUGCUCACCAUGCACGACUUUGCCCCGACCCGCGCCUAUGUCCUCACCGAAGGCCACAAGCAUUGGCGGACAAACGACCUCGGCAAGACCUGGCACAAAUUCGACUCGGGCCUGCCCCCAAGCGCAUUCCGCGAUGACAUCCUCCACUUCCACGCCGGCGACGGCAACCGGAUCAUAUUCAACGGCAUGGAUUGCGAGAACAUCCUGUCCUGCAACGAAGUCUCUACCUAUACCAUCAACAACUUCAAGCACGUAAAGACUCUGCGCGCCAAUACUGCUGGCUGCUGGUGGGCCAAGUCCUCCAAGCUCUUCACCACCGGCAGCGAGGACCUAGACAGUAAACGCAUCCUCUGCAUCGUCCGGGACGAGCUUUCCCCCUUCAAAGAAGAUCAGCGUUUAAUCGCCUCGGACGAUUACUUCAAAAAAGUCGAUGGCAAGAUGCAGGAAUUCGAGCCCGAGCUCAGCGGCGCCCGCGGCGUCCAGGGCGUUGUCAACCUGGCCGUCGUCAAGAAGUACAUCUUGGUUGCAGCGACCUCCCCCAACACGGACGAGAUGUCCCUUUAUGUUACCGAUGAUGCCAUCGAUUGGCAUCGUGCCAUGUUCCCCGCCGCCCACGGCCACAAGGUGAAUCAAGGCGCCUACACCGUGCUCGAGAGCACCAACUACAGCAUCCAAGUCGAUGUCAUGAACUCGCGACCGUCCAACCCCAUGGGUGUUUUGUUCACCAGUAAUUCCAACGGCACAUUCUUCACCGAGAAUGUGGAGCACACCAAUCGGAAUACCAGGGGCAAUGUGGACUUUGAGAAGAUUUCGGGCGUGCAGGGCAUCUUCCUCGUCAACACGGUGAAGAACUGGGAAGAGGUCGAAGAAGAGGCCGGUGCGGAAAAGAAGAUUGUCACCCAGAUCACCUUCGACGAUGGCAGGACUUUCCACGACCUCAAGGUCGGCGACGACCGUCUUCAUCUUCAUUCCGUGACCAACAUCAACAACGUCGGCAGGAUCUUCUCCAGCCCUGCUCCCGGGCUUAUCAUGGCUGUUGGGAGUACCGGAGGCUCUUUGAAGGACUUUGACGAGGGCGAUCUCUAUGUCUCGGACGACGCUGGACUGACAUGGAAAAAGGCCCUCAAGGGACCUCACAAGUACGAAUUCGGCGACCAGGGCUCCGUUCUUGUCGCCAUACGCAAUUCGAACAAGGCCGACGUAGGCGAGAUCCGGUACUCUCUCGAUCACGGUGAGAGUUGGGAAAAGGCCAAAUUACCUGACGAUAUGCGGGUCAAGCCGGAAAUCCUCACCACCACGCAAGACUCGACCAGUCUCAAGUUCGUCGUCAUUGGGACCACUGGUGAUGACGACCCCGAGUAUCGAAUCAUCGCCCUGGAUUUCCAAGGCCUCCGCCAGCGGACAUGCGACGACGAUGACAUGGAAGACUGGCACGCGCGUGUUGACGAGGACGGCAACCCGACAUGUCUGAUGGGCCACAAGCAGACGUAUCGCCGGCGAAAGAAGAAGGCCGACUGUUUCGUCAUGAGCGAGUUCAAGGACCCCGUGCCCAAGACGGAAGACUGUACCUGCACGGACGAGGACUUCGAGUGCGACUACAACUUCGUCAGGGAGGAUGGCGAGUGCGUGAAGGCCGGGCCCAUCGUGGCGCCCAAGGGUGCCUGUAAAGAUGCCAAACCGGAAGAUACCUUCAAAGGAUCCUCGGGGUGGCGGAAGAUCCCGGGCAACACUUGCAAGCGCAAAGACGGGCCGCAGAAGGAUGAUCCCGUCGAGCGGAAGUGUUCCGACAUCAUCGAUUCGCCCACGGCCCCCGCAACUGGGGAGAUCUCGUCGACAAAGUUUGUGUUCAAAGGAGUCAAGCUCCAAGAUUUCGAGAAGAUCUAUCUUGAACGCGGAGAUUCGAGUACCCAGCAAGACGAGACCAUCAUUGCCCGGGCUGUGGAGUACGACAGUGACGGCCUGAUGCGGAUCGACAAGACCAUCUGGAGGACAAAGGACCACGGCAAGAACUGGAAGAAGAUCCUCGAAGACGAGGAGAUCAGGGGGAUCUAUCCCCACCCCCACUUCAAGGAUGCCGUCUUCUUUACAACCACGUCCAAGAAAGUCAUCUACACCAUAGACCGCACGGAGCACUUCCACAAGUUCAAGGCACCCUCUGAUCCGGGCAAUUCGAACCCCUUGUCCUUCCAUCCGGAUAAGAAGGACUGGCUCAUCUGGGUUGGCCAAAAGUGCGAGGACGUCGACGGGUUGGAACAGUGCUACAGAGAAGCGUCCGUCUCGCGAGAUCGAGGGGACAACUGGCGAACUGUGCUGCGAUAUGUGCGCAAGUGCGAGUUCACCGGCCACUCGGCGUACAAUUUUCGAGACGUCCGCCAGAUCGUAUGUCUUGCGCAUGAACGAGAAGACGGCGGACCGGACAAUUCCUGGGUGAUAGUGUCGAGCAAUGACUUUUUUGACGAGGACAAGAAGAUUCAUAAGACGAGCGUCAAGGACUUCGCCACCAUGUCCGAAUUCAUCGUGGUGGCGGCCGAAGACGAGGAUCACAAGGGUCUGCGCGCGCUCGCGAGCAUGGACGGCGAGAUGUACGCAGAGGCACGGUUCCCGUAUAACUUCCAUGUCGACCACCAGAAUGCCUACACGGUUCUGGAUAGCUCCACGCAUGCCGUGAACCUGUUCGUCGCUACGGAAACGGAACACGACCAGCGGCACGGGAGCAUUCUCAAGAGCAACUCGAACGGCACGUCGUAUGUCAUGAGCGCCCCCAGGGUCAACUGCAACAACAACUACUUUGUGGACUUUGAGAAAAUCGCCGGGCUCGAGGGCGUGGCGCUCAUUAAUUCCGUGGCCGCGACCGCGACGGACGGUGAUCACGAGAAGGUGCUGCACACCAAGAUGUCGCACAACGAUGGGGCCCAGUGGGCGUUCCUGUCGCCCCCCAAGGUGGAUGCGGAGGGCAAGGCAUACGGCUGCAGCAGCCGGUACGGAGACGAGAAUUGCGCGCUGCAUUUGCACCACUACACGGAGCGUGCCGACAAGAAGAAGACGUUCUCGGCCCCUAGCGCGGUCGGCCUGAUGCUCGGAUACGGCAACGUGGGGUCUAGGCUAAGCUCUGCAGAGGAGGCCGACACGUUCAUGUCCACCGACGCCGGCAUCACCUGGAAGAGCGUCAAGAAGGGACCGUGGAUGUGGCAGUACGGCGACCAAGGCUCCAUCGUCGUCCUCGUCCCGCGGUCGUCCAAGGACAAGCCGGCGAAGACGAAGACCAUAUCAUACACGACGAACGAAGGCGAAGACUGGAAGGACUACACCUUCUCGGACAAGGAGGUGGCGGUGCUGGACAUCACUACCCUCCGGUCCGGCAGCUCGCGCAAUUUCUUGCUCUGGUGCAAGUCGGAUUCCGGCGACGUUUUCUCGGUCAACCUGGACUUUUCGGGGCUGUCCGAUCGGCCCUGCGAGCACCCCAAGAGCGGCGAGUCGGACUAUUACCUCUGGGCUCCGAAGCACCCUGCCCAGGACAAUGACUGCUUGUUUGGUCACGUGACCAAGUAUCUGCGCAAGAAAGCCGACCGCCAGUGCUACAACGACCGCCGGAUCGAGCGUCAAUACGAGAUGAACAAUUGCACCUGCACGAGGGAAGACUAUGAGUGCGAUUACAACUUUGAACUGGACAACCACGGCCAAUGUAGUCUCGUGCCGGGCAAGCAGCCCAUCUCGGCCGAGCAGUGGUGCACCGCCCACCCCGACGCGGUCGAGUACUACGAACCGACAGGCUACCGGCGCAUCCCCCUGACGACCUGCUCGGGCGGCAACGAGCUCGACAAGGCGUCGGCGUCGCACCCGUGCAAGGGCAAGGAGGAGGAGUACGAGCGGCUGCGCGGGACGUCGGGCGUGGCCGUCUUCUUCGCGGUCGUCAUCCCCUUCGCCGUCGCGGCCGGCAUCGGGUGGUGGGUGUACCGGAACUGGAACGCGCAGUUCGGGCAGAUCCGGCUGGGCGAGUCCAGCGGGUUCGAUAACGAUGCGCCUUGGGUCAAGUACCCCGUUAUUGCCGUGUCGGGUGUCGUGGCCCUUGCGGCGGCGCUCCCGCUCGUGGCUUCGGCGCUGUGGAGGAGCGCUACGUCGGCGUAUGAGAGGGUUAGUGGCGGUGGUGGUGGUGGUGGUGGUAGCUGGUUCAGCGGCGGGCCCAGACGGUUCACGACGCGGGACAGCUUCGCCAGGGGGAGAGGGGUUUAUUCUGGCAUUGACGAUGAAGGCGAGCUCCUGGGAGAUGAUAGUGAUGAAGACGUGUAACGGUAUUUGCCCCCCCCUUUUUUCUUUAUUUUAUUUUCUCGGAUGGGGAACGUGCAGUGCAGCGUUAGGCUAGACUGCCGGGUGAGGGGUAUCGGGAAGAAAAUCUCGAAUUCAUUCAUUCUAGCUUAUGCACCUGGAAGAUGGAGCUUUGGCAUGAAGGUCGCUUCAGUGUUUGUGUUUCUUAUCAAAUGAUAGAUGUCCUUUAUUGUCCAGGUAUAUCACGGAAAAGGAGGCAGGGUAUAAAAUAAUACAACAUUGGGCAAGCAAGAGUUGGAGGCUUUGAUGAAUUAAUGGUCAGGUGUCUCGAUGGGAAGUUCUGCCUUGAACGGGGCGAAUGUUCUUAGAGAAUGGUGAUACUGCCGAGUCCGGGUCUAGUACCUAUCGUCCGGCCUUGGUAAAUGUACAAUAUGGG